AGUGGUAUUCCCUCACCCCCGCCAAUCAGCGAACAAACUCUUUUUUUUGAGGGGCGAUCCACUUUCACUUGGAUUCUUUUGCCAUCUUACGGGGCUUAAAUAAUAACAAAAAGAAAUCAAAGGCCCGGUCGUUCGUUUCCUUUUGGCGAGCAUCACAUUACCUCUGUAACAACUUUUACCUUCUAUGCACAGUAGCUGCUGUGCGUUACAUCAGUGAAAAUAAGAUUUAAAAAACCAUCUUAAUACAUCGCUGCUUUCAAACUGUAUCGUUCCCCACACCAACAAAAAUCCGGCUGCGUUCAUUACAAAUACAGAGCGGUGUGCGGCUUUACCGCCUCCGCACACACACACACACACACUCAUAUACAUACGUACACACAACAAUAUCUAAUGCUGUCGAUUUCGUUGAUGCGGCGCUGCGUCGCACGUGCGCCGUUGCGCUUUGGCCGCCGUGGCGCGUGCGCAAUUUCACACCCUAAAAAGGCGUACCGCGGUGGUGAGGACGCGUACUUGUCGCACCCGUACGCCGUAGGUGUCGCAGAUGGCGUGGGUGGCUACGCCUCGCUCGGCAUCGAUCCGGCCAUGUACACCCGAAACGUGAUGCGCUUUGCGCUGGAGUGUAUGAACGCCGACGGAGAAACCCCCAAGCGAGUUUCAGCACUCGAUGCGCUCAAUUACGGUUACCGAAAGGCGAGGGAGGCGCAACAGCCAGGUGGCUGCCCUGUAGCUCUCGCCACCAUCAUGGAUGACUUCUACGCGUCCAUACUCAAUCUCGGCGACUGCGGCGUUGUGGUACUGCGGCAGGGGCGACUUCUGUAUCGCACGGAGAUGCAGCAGCAUUCCUUCAACUGCCCGUUCCAGCUACCGGAAGAUCCCCCCAGCGCGGGCGAGCAGGCAAAGCUGGAGAUUCGCGCAGGCGACGUCUUCUUGUGCGUCAGCGACGGUGUUCUUGACAACGUGGAGCUGGACCGCUUGUUGCUGCAUAUGAGCGAGGUGUCCGCGGUGGGCUGUGGAAAAGUGGCGGCGGCAAUCGCGGAGGAGGCGUUUCGCAACGCGCAGGACCCACGGUGCUUCUCGCCGUUUGCGAAGCACGCUGCAGAGGCAGGCUACAAGUACACAGGUGGCAAACUCGAUGACAUUACCGCCCUCGUUGCUCAAGUGACCCCUGACGACGACGAGGACGGCGAGACGUGCCCUCCGUUGAUUACGCAGCUGCUGGGUAUAGACAAGUCAUGA